GCUUGGAUGGUCAUGACUUGACCCUCUCAGUGUCAGCUUCAGCCACCGGUUGGGAGCUCCGGAAUCUUGUUUGCGAUCGUCUUCCGAUUCGAGCUGGGGCGGCUAUCUCCUUGUUCAAGGGCUCCGAAGCGCUGUUGUUGGACAAAUCACUUAGGGAGCAGGGCUUGGACACCGGGAGCUUGUCUUACGUCUAUAAUCGCGUGAAGCUGGUGGAUGUCUGCCCAUACAUGGGGAAUAGCGUUACCUGGUUGCAGGGCUCAGACCUAUGGGAGGAUGGGCUGAUUUAUGACGAGCGCUGCAGCUGGUCUCUAGUGAAAGACGAGUUUGUUCUGGAGGGCUUGAGUGCUGUGACUUUGCCAAACAGCCUGCAGAGCCUUAGCUUUGGCAGCCAUUUCAACCAAAACUUGGAGGCCGUGACUUUGCCGAACAACCUGCAGAGUAUGACAUUUGGCUCGGACUUUAAUCACAGUCUCGAGACGGUGACUUUGCCAAGCAGCCUGCAAUAUCUGAGUUUUGGCGAUGCCUUCAAUCAGUGUGUUGGGACUUUGCCAAGUGGCCUGCAAAGCUUGACAUUUGGAUACUUGUUUGCCCAAUGUCUGGAGGAUUUGGCUUGGCCCAGCAAACUUCAAAGUCUGACUCUUGGCUCCUCCUUCAAUGAAAGCAUAGAUGCCGUGACUCUGCCUAGCAGCCUACGGAGCCUUACUUUCGGCUCUGCUUUCAAUCAAAAACUACAGGCAUCCACUUUGCCCAGUGGCCUGCAAAACUUGACCUUCGGCGCAGGCUUCAAUCAAAGCCUGUUCGGCGUGGCCUUACCAGAGAACCUUAAGAGCCUCACCUUCGGCUAUCGUUUCAACCAAAGUCUCUGUACUGUCCUUAGGAAAUAUUAA